GCCUGCCUGGUGUCUAUGCUGAGUCCACUUCUGGAACACCCAGCUCAGAAAGGGGGUUAGCCCUGCAGGCUAACACAGACACAGCCCAGAAAACCCAGGAGCCACGGAGGAAGGAGAAAGGUGCAAGCAGGGGAAACCCAGGUCCUGGUCCCCUCCUCUCUGCUUCCUGGCAGCAGAACUCAGACAGAACCCUUAAGCCAGUGUAAGUCUGGCGGGACCAACUCCAGCCACGGAAGCUUACAACUAAAAGAAACUGUAAGGCCAAUUUAAUCCAAGGUUUCAUUCUACGUGCUAGAGAUGGUGUACAGUAGGGUGAGGGAACCAAAUUCUCAGUUGGCACUGGUGUACCCUUGUACAGGUGAUGUAACAUCUCUGUGCCUCAGUUUGCUUACUAUAAAAUAGAGAUGGUAGGGGUCAUGGUGAGUACUACCUGACUAGCAUAUAAGAAGCUUUCAGCAAGUGCAGACUACUCUUACCCACUUCCCCCAAGCACAGUUGGGGUGGGGGACAGCUGAAGAGGUGGAAACAUGUGCCUGAGAAUCCAAAUGAAAUCGGGGUAAAGGAGCCUGGAACAUAUCCUGUGACCCUGCCUGUCCUGUAGGAAGCCAGUCUCUGGAAAGUAAAAUGGAAGGGCUGCUUGGGAACUUUGAGGAUAUUUAGCCCACCCCCUCAUUUUUACUUGGGGAAACUAAGGCCCAGAGACCUAAGGUGACUGCCUAAGUUAGCAAGGAGAAGUCUUGGGUAUUCAUCCCAGGUUGGGGGGACCCAAUUAUUUCUCAAUCCCAUUGUAUUCUGGAAUGGGCAAUUUGUCCACGUCACUGUGACCUAGGAACACGCGAAUGGGAACCCACAACUGUGGGCCUCUGCGCACAGAACAGCUGUUCUCCCCAGGAAAUCAAGUUUUUUUAAUUGAGAAGCUAAAAAAUUAUUCUAAGAGAGGUAGCCCAUCCUAAAAAUAGCUGUGAUGCAGAAGUUCAUGUUCAACCAAUCAUUUUUGCUUACGAUGCAAAAAUUGAAAACUAAGUUUAUUAGAGAGGUUAGAGAAGGAGGAGCUCUAAGCAGAAAAAAUCCUGUGCCGGGAAACCUUGAUUGUGGCUUUUUAAUGAAUGAAGAGGCCUCCCCGAGCUUACAAUAUAAAAGGGGGACAGAGAGGUGAAGGUCUACACAUCAGGGGCUUGCUCUUGCAAAACCAAACCACAAGACAGACUUGCAAAAGAAGGCAUGCACAGCUCAGCACUGCUCUGUUGCCUGGUCCUCCUGACUGGCGUGAGGGCCGGCUCAGGCCAGGGCACCCAGUCUGAGAACAGCUGCACCCACUUCCCAGGCAACCUGCCUAACAUGCUUCGAGAUCUCCGAGAUGCCUUCAGCAGAGUGAAGACUUUCUUUCAAAUGAAGGAUCAGCUGGACAACUUGUUGUUAAAGGAGUCCUUGCUGGAGGACUUUAAGGGUUACCUGGGUUGCCAAGCCUUGUCUGAGAUGAUCCAGUUUUACCUGGAGGAGGUGAUGCCCCAAGCUGAGAACCAAGACCCAGACAUCAAGGAGCAUGUGAACUCCCUGGGGGAGAACCUGAAGACCCUCAGGCUGAGGCUGCGGCGCUGUCAUCGAUUUCUUCCCUGUGAAAAUAAGAGCAAGGCCGUGCAGCAGGUGAAGAAUGCCUUUAAUAAGCUCCAAGAGAAAGGCAUCUACAAAGCCAUGAGCGAGUUUGACAUCUUCAUCAACUACAUAGAAGCCUACAUGACAAUGAAGAUACGAAACUGAGACAUCAGGGUGGCGACUCUAUAGACUCUAGGACAUAAAUUAGAGGUCUCCAAAAUCGGAUCUGGGGUUCUGGGAUAGCUGACCCAGCCCCUUGGGAAACCUUAUUGUACCUCUUUCAUAGAAUAUUUAUUACCUCUGAUACCUCAACCCCCAUUUCUAUUUAUUUACUGAGCUUCUCUGUGAACGAUUUAGAAAGAAGCCCAAUAUUAUAAUUUUUUUCAAUAUUUAUUAUUUUCACCUGUUUUUAAGCUGUUUCCAUAGGGUGACACACUAUGGUAUUUGAGUGUUUUAAGAUAAAUUAUAAGUUACAUAAGGGAGAAAAAAAACUGUUCUUUGGGGAGCCAACAGAAGCUUCCAUUCCAAGCCUGACCACGCUUUCUAGCUGUUGAGCUGUUUUCCCUGACCUCCCUCUAAUUUAUCUUGUCUCUGGGCUUGGGGCUUUCUAAUUGCUACAAAUACUCUUAGGAAGAGAAACCAGGGAGCCCCUUUGAUGAUUAAUUCACCUUCCAGUGGCUCGGAGGGAUUCCCCUAACCUCAUUCCCCAGCCACUUCAUUCUUGAAAGCUGUGGCCAGCUUGUUAUUUAUAACAACCUAAAUUUGGUUCUAGGCUGGGCGCGGUGGCUCACGCCUGUAAUCCCAGCACUUUGGGAGGCUGAGGCAGGUGGAUCACUUGAGGUCAGGAGUUCCUAACCAGCCUGGUCAACAUGGUGAAACCCCGUCUCUACUAAAAAUACAAAAAUUAGCUGGGCGUGGUGGUGCACACCUGUAAUCCCAGCUACUUGGGAGGCUGAGGCAAGAGAAUUGCUUGAACCCGGGAGGCGGAGGUUGCAGUGAGCUGCUAUCAAGCCACUGUACUCCAGCCUGGGUGACAGAGCAAGACUCUGUCUCAAAAAAUAAAAAUAAAAAUAAAAAUAAAUUUGGUUCUAAUAGAACUCAGUUUUAACUAGAAUUUAUUCAAUUCCUCUGGGAAUGUUACAUUGUUUGUCUGUCUUCAUAGCAGAUUUUA